UGUGUGAAGCUUAAUUUGAGCCCUGUCCACCAUUCCUACCUCCACUCUCUCUUUUUCAGGCAAUGGCUUGAACCCUCAUGGAGUCACCCAGGGACCUGGACAUUGAGGUCUGGCUGGCAGGAGUACAUCUGGAGCGCUACGCAGAUACUUUCCGGAGGCACGGUGUGUCCACAGCUGCUGCUGCCCAAAGCCUGGGCCAAGAGGACCUUCGUCGAAUGGGCAUCUGGGCCACGGGUCAUCGCAAACGGAUUCUUCGCCUGCUACAGGGGGCCUCUUUGGAGGUCCCUACAGACACUCCACAGGACACUACCAUGGAUCAAUCCCCAACCCCAGAUCCUCAAGCACUCCCCACCAAACCAGUGCCCAAACCAAGGACUGUGUUUACUUUUUUCAGUACCACCCAUGGUGAAUCAGCCCCACCUCCCCUAUUGGACCCUCCUAUGGAGACCCUUCCAGUGACUCAGGGAGAGGAUACCAGCUCAAUAGUUCAAGAUGAGGGGAGUAUGGUCCCCAAGGGAUCAGAGCAGUCUUCCCUAAGCACUUCUCAAUCACCUGCUGUCCCCUCCCUUCCUUUGAAUCCGCCUCCCAUCUUGGACAGGAUGACAAUGAUGCCCAAUGAUAUCUACUUCGGGCUGGACCUUGGAAAGGGAACUCAACCAGGGGUUCAGGAAAUGACUACAGAUGGCUCCCUGCUAAAUUCUCCUACUCCCAUCCCCACCUCCAGACCCACAGCAGGCACAGUGCAUAUCAUGGACCCCAGCAGCCUGUACUAUGGUGUUCAGCCUGUUUCAGUCCCUGGGAUUCCCAAAGGAAGGAAGAUAAGGGCUGCCAGUCAGGCAGCAGGUGAACCCAGGCCAACCAGCCAUGAACCAGAGGGGGGAGAGGACUGUGGCUAUGCCAGUCUGGAGCUGCCUGGGGAGUCCAUCCACUUGAUGCCCAAUUUGGACCCUGAAGAGCCUGGAGACGAUCUCAUCUCCCCCUAUGCCAGCUUCACUUCACUAGCUGAUCCCCCUGCACCUGUGCUCAGUGGCUGGUUGGACAAGCUCUCGCCUCAGGGGAAUUAUGUCUUUCAGAGGCGCUUUGUCAGGUUCAAUGGAAAGAAGCUGAUGUAUUAUGGAAGUGACAAGGACUCCUUCCCUAAGGGGGUUAUCCCACUGACUGUCAUUGAGAUGAUCCGAAGCUGCAAGGAUUGCAAGUUCCAAGUCAUCACUAGCCAAAGGGUGUUUGUGUUCCGAGCUGAGAGUGAAGUUCAGAGGGAUAACUGGUGCUCCACACUGCAGUCUCGACUGAAGGAGCAACGGCUUCUAGGCAACCCCCGACCUCCUCAUCCACCACGGCCCCUCCGCACAGGGACCCUAGAGCUUCGGGGACACAAAGCCAAAGUGUUUGCAGCUCUAAGCCCUGGGGAACUAGGACUGUACAAGAGUGAGCAGUCUUUUUCUCUGGGCAUUGGAAUUUGUUUCAUUGAGCUUCGGGGCUGCAGUGUCCGAGAGACCAAGAAUCGAAGCUUUGACCUCCUUACACCCCAUCGGUCCUUCAGCUUCACAGCAGAGUCAGCCUGUACUCGCCAGGUCUGGGCAGCCGCACUUCAGGAGGCUAUCACUGAGACUCUCUCUGAUUAUGAGGUGGCUGAAAAAAUAUGGUCCAAUCGAGCAAACCGACAAUGUGCAGACUGUGGAGCGUCUCGUCCUGACUGGGCCUCAAUCAACUUGGGAGUGGUCAUCUGCAAACAUUGUGCAGGACAGCAUCGGGCUCUAGGCUCUGGGGUGUCUAAAGUGCAGAGUUUGAAACUGGAUACAAGCAUUUGGAGUAAUGAGAUUGUACAGCUUUUCCUCAUCUUGGGUAAUGAUGGAGCCAACCGGUUCUGGAUAAAGGCACUGCCUCCAGGAGGAGGGCUGCAUCCAGAUACUCCUCCUGGCCCCCGUGGGGACUUCAUCUCCCGCAAAUAUCGACUUGGCCUCUUUCGGGGGCCCCAUCCUCAGUACCCUGACCAUAGUCAGCUGCUGCAGGCACUGUGUACAGCUGUGAUGGGACCCAACUUGUUGAAAACCAUGAUUCAGCUCUUCUCAUAUGAGGAACCAUGCUCUGAAGGCAGUUUCUCUAAUCUCCUUCCCUUAGACCCAUUCCCUGGUGUGUACAAUGAAGUCCUGGUGCCUGCUACACUAAGUGGCUUUUUGCACUGCAGUCCAAUCAGCAGCAAAUCUGGACCACCACCCCACCGCCGGGGUCGGGAUGCACCCCCCAGGCUGUGGUGUGUGUUGGGUGCAGCAUUGGAGAUGUUUUCGUCAGAGACCAACUCAGAGCCAAUCAGUCUGAUCCAGCCUCAGGAUGUAGUGUGUUUGGGGGUAAGCCCCCCACCAGUUGACCCAGGGGACCUUGACAGGUUCCCAUUCUCUUUUGAACUCAUUCUGACUGGAGAAAGGGUCCAAUACUUUGGGACUGAUGGAGCUGAUAGUCUGGAGGCCUGGACCAGAGCAGUGGGCAAGGUGAAUCAGAACUUGAAGUUCCCUUUAUCAUAUACUAUCACCUUUCACAAGGAUCCUUUCCUUAUCCCCAUCUAUGUGCCUCAGGCUCACAAGCCCAUUCCUGUGGGCAUUCCUGAGGAGAUGUUAAAUCCCACCAGUAUCCCCACAAUAGCAUCCCUCGUAUCUCUCUUCCCAGAUAAACCAACUGAUGUUUCCAUCUCU